UAUCAGCUGACUGUUGUGGGAGGGACAAGGACAGCAGUUUAGAACACACGAUACAACAUCAGUGUCCUGCUACACAGCUCUCUGAGAUAACUACAUUGUGGAACCAGCCAGUUUAGUGUUUCACUAUUGUACGUGAUAGUUACACUGGAACACCAGAGCUUGAAGAGCGGGUAUGGCUUGGAGCUACGACAGGACGGGAGAUGUGGUGUUCUGGGGUCUAGUAAGUGGCGUGGUUGCUGCCUCGCUGCAUGUCCUGAAUAUAUGCUGCCCUUACAUUGUGUUCCCUGCUGUCUGGCUCCUCACUGCUGCUGCCUCGCUCACUCUCUCCACACUCACGGUUUCGCCCUCAGGGAAAGCUGUCCUGGUAACCGGUUGUGAUUCAGGUUUCGGUCACGCCUUUGCCCUUAUCCUCGACAAAAUGGGGUUCCGGGUGUUUGCUGGGUGUCUGCAGGCAGGGGGCGCUGGAGCUGACCUCCUCCGGGAGAAGGGCUCAAACCGCCUUCACGUCUUGCAAAUGGAUAUCACUAACCAAGAGCAGGUGAAGCAGGCGGCCCAGGAUGUGGAGCGUCUUCUACCGGGAGGAGAGGUGUUGUGGGGGGUCGUGAACAACGCUGGUGUCUUGACCUACGGGAUGGUGGAGUGGGUGCCCCUACAUACUUACAUCAGUGUUGCAAACAUCAAUAUCUUCGGUGUUAUCUCCGUCACUAAGACCUUCCUGCCUCUCAUCAGACUGGCCAAAGGGCGCGUGGUGAUCAUGUCGAGUGUUGCAGGCAGCAUCGGUCGAGGUCUCAUGUCACCGUACGCUACCACAAAGUUUGCUGUAGAGGGCUUCAGUGACUGUCUACGGGAAGAGAUGCGGCCCUGGGGAGUAAGAGUAACUGUUGUGGAACCUGGUAAUUUCUCUGCUGCUACCAACAUCACCAGUAAAGAGAAGGUGUCAAGGCAGAGUGAACAAAUGUGGGCGGCCAUGGAUCCAGGUGUACAGAGAGACUACGGCAAGCAGUUCUUCGAUGCCAUUACCAAACUUGCCUUAAUUCACACUGAGAGCGGGAGCAAAGAUGAGACUCCUGUAAUGCAAGCAAUGACAGAGGCUCUGACACAGAGGUUUCCCAGGGCACGCUACCGGGCUGUGGACUGGUAUUAUUUCAUCAAGCUACAGGCAGUUAUUCACCUCCCAGAGUGGUUCAUUGAUCUAAUCUACAUUGGACAACCACCCCAAAAAAUGUACCAAGAAAAUAUAACACAGCAAAAACAGGAUUGAUUUCUAGCUGGAUUAAGUCUUUUCAAUAAAUAAAAUCAACUAUGGAUGAUACAAAGAUAGUAGGCACUGUUAGAAAACUGUCCUAGGAGAGCAUUAUAACUUUAUAGUUUACAUUAAUAAUUGUUUCUACAGUUCCCCUCAAGGAAGGUUCCUUCAUGCUGGUGAGGGGCUCUUGAUCUAGGGAACUGGAUCUGUGCUCCAGUUCUGAAUUAACCCUGAAUACAUUCUAUCCCCCCCCCCACAGGUGCUGUAUAAUCCUAUGGGUUUAGUGCUUCCCCCUUGAUUAUAAUGAUUUCUACAAUUACAUGUACAUGGUAUACAGGCCUAGCUGACAUCAGUGACUGACAUACUACUAUAGAGAAAGCCCCUUGUUAUGCAGAGCAUUUCUGGCAUAUUAGGUAAAUUUUGUCUCCAGGAUGCAACCCACACCGGUAUCUAUUUUAAUGAUAGGCGAACAUGGAUAACAGGUGCCUUAAGGAAACCUUAACUUGAGAUCUGAAUGUUCUAGUAAUCGAGCUACGGGACACGAAAUGUCUUAAAGGUUUGCUCUAAGUGUUUUUGUAUUGCUGUAACUGCCUGCUGACCAUAACUAGAGUGCAAAUUUCCUAUUGUAUUGGUGCAAUUGAAAUAAUCAACCUUUAUGUCAGUGAGGAGGAUCAUUAUGCAAUAAAAUGGUCAAAUA